AUUUUUAGAAGCUCUGCAGUCCCUCGAGAACCGGUCACUCUUCCCUCUUCUCCUUCUCUCACUCUGAAAUGUGGAAAAAGGGCAAGAAGAGAACCGACGAGGAGGCCGCCGGAGGCGACUCCGACGGCGCUCCGCCGUCGAAGAAGCUUGCGAAGGGCGACUCCGAAGAAGAUGGCAUCGUCGUCUGCGAGUUGUCGAAGAACCGGAGGGUUUCAGUCCGGAGCUGGCAAGGGAAAAUCGUGGUUGAUAUCAGGGAGUUUUAUGUUAAGGAUGGAAAGACGCUCCCAGGGAAAAAAGGCAUCUCACUUUCCAUGGAUCAGUGGAAAAUACUUCGGGAGCAUAUCGAUGAUAUCAAUGAAGCUGUGGGUGAGAAUGCAUAGUUUCGAAAUGGUUCCUACUGAUCCCUUUUGUCCAGUCACUGUUGAAUCAGACGUUGUGUUCACUGAUCUAAUGUUUUGUAAUUAAAGAUGUCGAAAGGCUCUGUCAGUUAUGUUGAACUAGAUGAAUGUGGUUAACUAUCUCAAAUAUGCUGGUACAUUUGACUGAUUAGGCCCGUUUCUUAUGUUCUAGCGAAAGUAUUGAGUCCUGGCUAAGAAGGACUUAACCAUUUCCUUUGUUUGAUACUGUUAAUGCGUUAACAAAUUCAUGGUAGUCUUAAGUA